CCCAAACAAACCCAGGGGGCACACGAUGAUAUCCCGAUCGUCGCUGUGCUUCUCUAACCUCUAUCUUCCAGGUCCAAGUGCACUGGAGCCUAUUCGCAGAAACUGCCAUCACUUUAACCCAUCGUUGACGGGCAAACCAUGAAAGUCGGAGAUUCUGCCUGACGAGACUGACGAACAAUAAUAAGGUAGGUAUUGUACAAUAUCUGGGCCAGCAGAGUGAUGCCAAAGCGUGUUCAAAGUUCCUGCAUGCGGUGGAGUUAUCUGCGGUUAACACCGAUUGACUCAAGCCCGGGAAUCGGGCAAGGCGGCGAAAAGUGGACCUUGAAUUGUCGUCAUCAGUGUCCUCCGUAAGGCACUCUGCUGUCGUUUUGAAAUAUUCUUUCCCCGGUGUCCUGAUUUUCAACCGGCUCAACCUACCAGAACGAUGGACUGAAACACCAGAACACCUACCGACUAGCCACUACCUACCUCGGCAUAUCUAUCGCCAACAUGCGGCGUCUCGGCGCAAGCCGCUCGGCGCUCGCCCCCGCGAUGCCUCCCAUCCGACUCUGCGUCCCAUACAUACCAACCCUCUCCCGGCCCCUCGUCCGCCCGCUCCUUUUCUACCGCGCCUUAACCCAUUCGUCAGGCCCCUUCGAGCCGCUCCGCCCACCGAACCCGACCCUCCUCGGCGCGCCCCGCGCAGCCCGCAGCUUCCGUCGCGCCCGCCGCUGGGCGCGCCGCCUCCUGAUCCUCUCCGCCGUCCUGGGAACAGGCUACCUCGUCGACCGGCAGGUAUACGCGUCGGGCAUCGCGCGUUCGCUGCGCACCUUUGGCAUGGGCCUGCUGGUCGCGGCCGACUACAAGAUCAACUUCCGCCCCGAGCCGCUACCGCUAAUCGGCAGCGCGGGCGGCAUUCCCGAGCUGCACCGCCGCAGCGCCGAGAGGCUGUCGGAUCUGCUGCGGGAGAACGGCGGGCUGUACCUCAAGAUCGGGCAGGCGAUCGCCAUGCAGAGCGCCGUGCUGCCGCCCGAGUUCCAGAGGAUGUUUGCGCGCAUGUUUGAUGACGCGCCGCAGGAUGAGUGGGAGGCGGUCGAGAAGGUGAUAAGGGACGACUUUGGCGGGCGGAGUGUGGAGGAGGUGUUUGGGGUCAGUUUUGCCGGCGUCGAGGGGAAGGGUGUCAUGGAGCGGACGGCGAGGGCCAGUGCGUCCGUCGCGCAGGUGCAUUGGGCAAGGCUGCCCGAUGGUAGGGAGGUAGCGGUCAAGAUCCAGAAGCCUGAAAUCGCGAAGCAGAUCGGGUGGGAUCUGUGGGCUUUCAAGGUCGUCUCGAAAGCGUACUCAUGGUGGUUUGACCUGCCAUUAUACUCCCUGGUACCAUUCAUUACGGAGCGGUUGAUGCUCGAGACCGAUUUUGAGAACGAGGCAAAGAAUUCGGAAACCAUGCGACUGCUCGUCGCCAAGGAGCCCAGUUUACGAGGCCGCGUCUAUAUCCCGACGGUGUAUUCCGAGUUGAGCUCCAGACGAGUUCUUACCGUGGAAUGGAUUGAAGGCGUCAGAUUAUGGGAUAAGGAGACCCUUACGAGGCCCUGGAUGGGUGGCUACGGGAAGGGCUCGAUGGGGGUCCAUGGCGCUCAGUUAGACCAUCCUGACAUGGAUGCGAUACGCCGCGAGUUGCGCGAGAAUCCGAACAGUCAGAACCUGAAGCCGGAGCGGACGGAAUGGAAGGGGCGCCGUGGCAAGGGUGGGCUAGGCGUUUCUACCAAGGAGGUCAUGACAACGAUGAUCGACUUGUUUUCCGCCCAGAUUUUCAAGUGGGGUGUCGUGCACUGCGAUCCGCACCCAGGUAACAUCUUCAUCCGACGGCUACCGAAUGGGCUACCCGAGCUGGUUCUGAUCGACCAUGGGCUCUACGUUUACAUGAGCGACAAGUUCCGGCACGAGUAUGGCGUCUUCUGGAAGGCCCUGAUGACGUUCGACAACAAGAAAAUCGCCGAAAUCACCCAGGAAUGGGGCAUCAAGGCAGCGGAUCUCUUCGCGUCCGCCACGCUACUGCGGCCGUACGAGGGCGGCGACCAGAGAUUCCAAAAGGGUAUGCUGGAUACGCUGGACGACAAGAAGACUGCAAGCCAGCGGCACUACGAGAUGCAGCAGCGAAUGAAGCAGGGCAUCCGCGACGUGCUGGCCGACGAGGACAAGUGGCCAAAGGAGCUCAUCUUCAUCGGGAGGAACAUGCGCAUCGUGCAGGGCAACAACGCCUACAUGGGCUCACCGGUUAACCGGAUCAAGAUGAUGGGCGAGUGGGCCAGCCGAUCUCUGUACGAGGACCCCAACUUGCCCUGGCGACAGAGAGCGGUCAAUAUCUGGCAGCAUCUCGUGUUCAAGGCGGUCUUGUUUAUGUCGGAUGUUGCCUUCUACUUUUUCCGGCUGAAGCAGCUGCUUGGGAGGGGCGGCGGCAUGGAGGAUGAGGUCGAGGCGAGGCUGAAGAACGUGGCCAGGGAGUUUGGCGUUGAGCUGCAGCAUGAUGUUUUUGAAGGGUAAGGAUGGCUGGACGGAGCAAUACGCACUUUGUCUGUACGAUAUUGUCAUCACCACAUUAGACCUAGACGUGUAGAGGAGAUACCCCUGGUACUCGGUCUCGGUUGGCGGGCUACUGCAAGCUCAGUCAUAUCAUGGAUGCUGUAUGGGCCACACAGGAUAUGCAUGCGCAU